CUCUCGCUCUCUUUCACCGAAUGUUACUCAUGGCAGUUUGUUGCUGAGCAGCAGCCAGUUGUGUUUUUCCUCUCUCUGAGCUCCCUCUCUCUUUCAUCCUCUGCUCUCUGCAGAUAGACCAGGCUUCAUCUUCUUUUCUUUGUUUUUGUUUUUGUUUCUUUUUUAAAAUCCCAAACAUCAUUCUGGAACAUUAGUGGAAGUAUUCGAUUGUGCGGUUGUGUGUGAGAGUGUGUGUGUGCUUAGGGUUUUCAGCAUGGAAGCAGUGGCACUGUAUACGUUUCGUGCCACCGAGGGCGAUGAACUCAGUUUCAACAAAGGAGAGUUAUUAAAGAUAACCAACAUGGAAGAUGACCCCAACUGGUACACAGCUGAGCUCCACAACAGAAAAGGCUUUGUGCCCAAAAACUAUAUCAACCUGCGGCCACAUGCGUGGUUUGCAGGUCGCAUAUCUCGUGGUGUGGCAGAAAGUCGACUGAGACACAGGGAAUGCGGAGCAUUUUUGGUCAGAGAGAGUGAGAGUGCUCCUGGGGAGUUUUCCAUGUCGGUCAGUUAUGGGGACCAUGUCCAACACUUCAAGGUGCUGCAGGAUCGUUGCAGUCAGUUCUACGUGUGGGACGAGCUCUUCUCCUCCCUGAACGAGCUUGUGGAGUUCUACCAUAGCAACAGCAUCGCUAAGGAGAGGACCGUCUUUCUGCGAGACCCCGAACAUUUUGCAAGACGUCCUCACCACGCCCACGCUCUCUUCGACUUCAACCCUCACCACCCCUCACAGCUACGUUUCCUGCGGGGUGACGUCAUCGAGCUCAUUGACUGCUCCGACUCAUUGCGCUGGAGGGGCCGUUGCCACGGACACGUGGGCUACUUCCCCCCGGAGUAUGUCCAGCCUGUUUACCACUGCCAGUAAGCCCACACACAUAAGUGGGCCUCCUCGUCCACAUCACUUCCACCGCUCCACUGCUCUUGGCUCCCAGUCAUCUUUGGUGCAGAUGGCAUGCCGAUUGAGGAGUGAUGCAAUCAUUAACAAACCUCCUGGUUAUCACAUCCUGAGCAAAACCUCUGCCCAAUCAGCUGUGACAAGCACAGCAUCUACUCCAGCCCAUAUUCGUCAGAUAUAUAGAAAUAUUACAUCAGUGGCACCAUUCAUGGUGGAAAACUCACAAAUACUUGCAGGCCUAAUAAUAGUCAGGAUUGGUGGAGGUUAAACAAAAUGACGAUGGAACAUAACGUUGUUAGAGGAACCUGCAGAUGAAUCAGCCCACCCACUCAUCAAUUUGUUGUCAAGUUGAGAGACAAGUGUAAUUGUGUUUUGAAUAUUUGGACCAAGUGGUCGGAAAAAAGACAGCACACUUCUCUGUACGAAGACGUGGGUUUCUGUGUAUAUACAGUACUUGCACUGCACAAAUAAGAAUUUGAAUGCAUGCCUAUGUAUGAGGGUGAAUGUGUGUGUUUGUGUGUGUAUGUGGGGGGUUAUGGUGUGAUGAUGUAAACAGCUCUUUACUCUGUGAACCAUGUUUCUGCCAUAUAUUUGUAGUAUUCUGUACAAAAACGAAUGCACUAGUGGAAAAUUUUUAAUCUAACCAUAACCACUUUGACCAAAUGACAAAACAUAACAUUUCCACAAUGUUUGUGGAGAGCAAUGGCACUGAAAAGUUAUAUCAUGCUGAACUUCAUAUACAAUUUCUCCCCCAAAAAACUUGAAGAGCACAUUGUAUUGAUCUGUGAAUAGGUCACUGAAAAGAAUCCACUUUGGUUUACAAAUGUCAUUGAACCCUUACAGUUCACAUUUGCUUGCUCUUAGGGACCAAUACCCGACACGGACAGUGAAAAUAAUUUGCAAACAAUGGCUGCCCCGCCCCUCCAAAAAAAGUGUUUAUAAAUUGUCUAGCUUAGUAGUUUCAACCCUAAAUAUUCCCCAAACGAUAAUGCCUAACCAAAAUAACCAUCCAUCCAUCCAUUUUCUUCCGCUUAUCCAAGGUUGGGUCACGGCGGCAGUAGCUUUAGCAGGGACGCCCAGACUCUUCCGGGGGGAUCUCGAGGCGCUCCCAGGCCAGCCGAAAGACGUAGUGACUCCAGCGUGUCCUGGGUCAUCCCCGGGGUCUCCUCCCGGUGGGACGUGCCCGGAACACCUCACCAGGGAGGCGUCCGGGAGGCAUCCGAAUCAGAUGCCCCAGCCACCUCAUCUGGCUCCUGUCGAUGUGGAGGAGCAGCGGCUCUACUAUGAGCCGCUCCCGGAUGACCAAGCUUCUCACCCUAUCUCUAAGGGAGAGCCCGGACACCCUGCGGAGGAAACUCAUUUCGGCCGCUUGUAUCCGGGAUCUUGUUCUUUCGGUCAUGACCCACAGGUCGUGACAAGAAGUGAGGGGAGGAACAUAGAUCGAGCGGUAAAUAGGUUCGCCUUUCGGCUUAGCUCCUUCUUCACCACAUCGGACCGAUACAAAGUCCGCAUUACUGUAGACACUAAACCGAUCCCCCUGUCGAUCUCCCGUUCCAUUCUUCCCUCAAUCGUGAGAAAGACCCGAAGAUACUCUUCCACUUGGGGCAGGAUCUCAUCCCCGACCUGAAGAGGGCACGCCACCCUUUUCCGACUGAGGACCAUAGUCUCAGAUUUGGAGGUGCUGAUUCACAGCCCAGCCGCUAUACACUCGACUGUGAACUGCUCCAGUGAGAGUUGGCGAUCACGGCUUGAUGAAGCCAACAGAACCACAUCAUCUGCAAAAAACAGAGAUGGAAUACUGAGCCCACCAAAGCGGAUCCCCUCCACGCCUCGGCUGCGCCUUGAAAUUCUGUCCAUAAAAGUUAUGAAUAGAAUCGGUGACAAAGGGCAGCCUUGGCGGAGUCCAACUCUCACCAGAAAUGAGUCCGACUUACUCCCGGAUGUGCGGACCAAACUCUGACUCCGGUCGUACAGGGACCGAACAGCCCGUAUUAAGGGGUUCGGUACCCCAUACUCCCGAAGCACCCCCCACAGGACUCCCCGAGGGACACGGUCGAACGCCUUCUCCAAGUCCACAAAACACAUGUAGACUGGUUGGGCGAACUCCCAUGCACCCUCGAGGACCCUGCCGAGGGUGAUGAGCUGGUCCAUUGUUCCACGGCCAGGUUGAAAACCACACUGCUCCUUCUGGAUCUGAGAUUCGACUCCCUGACGAACCCUCCUCUCCAGCACCCCUUAAUAGACCAUACCAGGGAGGCUGAGGAGUGUGACCCCCCUGUAGUUGAACCACACCUUCUCCAGUCCCCCUUCUUAAAAAGGGGGACCACCACGCCAGUCUGCCAAUCCAGAGGCACUGUCCCCAAUGUCCAUGCAAUGUUGUAGAGGCGUGUCAACCAGGACGCUACAACAUCCAGGGCCUUUAGAAACUCCAGGCGAAUCUCAUCCACCUCCGGGGCCUUGCCACCGAGGAGCUUUUUAACCACCUCGGUGACCUCAACCCCAGAGAUAGGAGAGCCCACCUCAGAGAACCCAGACUCCGCUUCAUCAUGGGAAGGCAUGUCAGUGGAAUUGAGGAGGUCUCCGAAGUAUUCUCCCCACCGACUCAGAACGUCCCGAGUCGAGGUCAGCAGCGCCGCAUCCCCACUAUACACAGUGUUGAUGGUGCACUGCUUCCCCCUCCUGAAAUGCUGGAUGGUGGACCAGAAUUUCCUCGAAGCCGUCCGGAAGUCUUUCUCCAUGUCCUCACUGAAAUGCGACCUAGGGUGUCAUGGUGCACAUGUGGACACCUUUAUGCUUGAACAUGGUGUUCGUUGUGGACAAGCCAUGAUGACACACAAACCCCACCACCACGAUAAGGUGACGGCUUCCAGGAACGGCCAAAACAAAAUAUCUUAAUGUUACUUCAAAAUCCUCUUACAUUACCCUUAAAAAUAAAUGGUUGGUUGGUUUUGAAAAAAUACAUCAUAAAAAUACCAAUUACUAUGUCCCUAUUAGCCUUCUUCUUUUCUUUUUUUUAAAUUCAGUGAUAAAGCUCUUUUUUUUUGGAGCUAGCUGUUACCAGUUUAUCAGUUAUUAACUUCAACCACUGCCAUUAGGGAUCUGGACCUUCCCCCAUAUCUGCAUCAUCUUGAGAAGUUUAGCACCACCACCACACAAGGAGCCUCGCCUGCCUGUCGGACCUAUUCACCUAUUCUAGAAUCUUCCAUCACGCCGCUGUUUACUGUCAAGCCAUCCCGCUAUCAGCUGGUGGCUAACACUAGCUACUUUUCUCCUAACAUGGAGAAGGGUGUUUGUGUGGUAAAUAGGCUAACUUUUCAGCUAGCUUUUCUACAGAAAGAUUGGGAAUCACAAAUUCUAAGCAGGGGGUCUGGACUGUAAAUCAGACAUUGAAAUCAAAUUUGUUUAAAUGUUUAUUUGUAUGUAAUAUUCUAUUUACAAUAAUCCAGUAUAUUCCAAGUAAGACUGAGCAUUGUAUAAAUGUUUUCUGUCGCAACAACUAGUUAGAGAGAGCCACAGCUAUUUGAUGACACCUGUGAGUCAUUUCAAUAAAGUGAGCAAUGUUGUCCUUUUCACCUGGAGGUUGAUCAUUACUGUGGCAUUAAAAUAUAGUAACAAAAUAAAGUGCGGUAUACACAUACUGUGUUUUAACAUCUUACCUGUUUUUUUAAAAGCAGCUUAACGGAUCCGACAGUAGGCGGGCUGCACUAGUGUGGAUGUAUUUACAGCUGACUUCAUUCGCCGCCAAUGAAAGCGGCUCUUCUCAUUCCCUUUAAAUUACUUUUUCGACGGAGACGUCUCCCUGCGGAAGACCACCAUGCGUAAUCGCAGCGAUUUGUGCGUGAGUAGAGCAUUGUCACUGCUCUUGGCCAGUGUGGCAACAGACAAUGUGAGCAGGUCCCCGUGUUAAAUACAGAAUGAGUUGCUAAUAAACGCUGGCGACUUAAACAUGUCCGGGGACAUGAGUAUUUGUCUGCCUGUGCCCCAAUCAAAUUCACCAAAUUCGCGUUAGACCAGGGGUCUACCUUCCGCUGGUGUCUAGACGUGGUCUGUUCAGGUGUUAAUUUAGACCACAUUUCUGCCAACCAAAUUGUCACUCCGCCAGGUGCAUCAACAAGCAAAAUCCCCCAUAGACCAGAACACACAGAUUGGCGAAGACCAGUCUGCCAAAUUAGCAAACAUGUGCAGCGAGCCUUGCACUUGCACGAAAAUCUAAAUUUCCCUGCAUUUCCGCCCCACCACAGAUGUACUGUAGACAAAAAUAAAGCCCAGAGCGUUAAACUCUUUUUUCACCAUUUUCAUUUUCCUGAUUUUUUUGGCCGUGGCUAAAAUGUUAUCCAGUGACACACUUUGAUGACCUGCAUUUCAGUCGCUAUCCAGCGCAAUUGGAAAUCACUUAAGUAAGUUAUAAUUACUUGGCCCAUUUCUAGCACUACAGCAUGUAGAUAGCAAGCUAAGUAUGCUUACAACCUGGAAAUGCAUCUUCCCUGGUUGGCACAAUUUACAGAACAGCUUUAUGUCGUUUAGUCACAAGUUUUAUGUACAGUAGUUUGUGUUAUUCAGGCUACGGUAAGAUGUUGGAAUGCAAAGCAUUGUGAGUAUAUAACUAGCAGGAAGUAUUUGUUAAAAUUUCUGUCAUAUAAUGUCACCUACAGAUAAAAUGACGGAUGCCGCCAUGUUUAAUAAACAGUUGACUUUC